AAGAGGAUACGGGUCAGGAGGACGACGUUUCGGAGUCACUACAGUUAAUUUUUGACAUGUUCAGAGUUAACGUGCACCUAGGUUUGGUAAUAUGUCGCUAGUUUGACGUUCUGCCAACUCCCAGCCGCCUGCGUUUGAUCCCAAGAUAUUUCACAAGAAGGGACGUCUCAUCACGUCAACAUCACAAUCAGCCUCUAUAAGUGGCUGUUCAAUGCCUAACACAUCAGAAGGUCAAGGACCGAACCUCUCUGGGCCAGCAGGACCAUCAGGUGUGCAAAGGCCCACCGAUGGGGAGGAGAACCACGGUCUGCUCAGCUCCCUUGCCCGGGACGCUGCAAGGGUAAGGCGGGCUUCCAGUGCCGAGCUGCACCUGCCAUGGACCUGCCCGGUCACACACUCCCGGGAGAAGUUCUACACCGUCUGCUCCGAUUAUGCUCUGCUCAACCAGGCUGCUUCUGUGUACCGUCCCCCGAACAAGCAGGAUGAUGGGCCUCCACUUGUGAAGCCCAAAUCUGCAGCUGGAGGGGCCCAUGUGGGAUCAGAUGGCGACUGUGACAUGGAAGAAGUGUCCUCUGGCAACACUAAGCCUAUUUUGGCCUGGGAGAUUGAUACGACAGACUUCAAUGCCGUGCUCACAAGAAAAACAAGAACGAGCAAUGUGAAGAAAUGCAGCACCAAGAAGAUGAAAUCAUCAGACAGGCCAAGCCGAAACCUGCAAGAUGUCUCACCUCAUGCCUCACUGGAGGAGAUCAAACAGAGAAAAGUGCUAGACCUCAGACGAUGGUACUGUAUCAGUCGGCCACAGUACAAGACUUCUUGUGGAAUCUCUUCUUUGGUGUCCUGCUGGAACUUCUUGUACAGCACUCUGGGUGCAGGGAGUCUGCCGCCCAUCUCUCAGGAGGAGGCGCUGCAUAUUCUGGGGUUUCAGCCGCCUUUCGAAGAAAUCAAGUUUGGUCCUUUCACUGGCAACGCUACACUGAUGCGAUGGUUCAGACAAAUUAAUGACAAUUUCAGAGUGCGAGGUUGCUCCUACAUUCUGUACAAACCACACGGAAAACACAAGACGGCAGGAGAAACAGCUGAAGGAGCCUUAAUGAAGCUGACACAGGGGCUGAAGGAUGAGUCAAUGGCCUACAUUUACCACUGCCAGAACCACUACUUCUGCCCAGUGGGCUUUGAAGCGACGCCACUCAAAGCAGCAAAGGCAUAUAGGGGCCCUCUACCCACAAAUGAAAUGGAAUACUGGAUCUUAAUCGGUGAACCCAGCAGGAAACAUCCAGCUAUUCACUGUAAAAAAUGGCUGGACAUUGUGACUGACCUCAACACACAAAAUCCAGAGUACCUGGACAUUCGUCACACAGAGAGGGGGAUUCAGCGGCGCAAAACCAAAAAGGUGGGUGGAAACCUGCACUGCAUCAUGGCCUUCCAGAGGGUGAACUGGCAGAAGCUCGGCCCCUGGGCUCUGAAUUUGGAGAACCUGCGCCAUGACUUCCACCACUCCGGCACGGAGCGGGCCCACGGAAGCACCGCAGAGGAAAUAGGGGAGAGGACGUCAGCCAAGCGCCUGGCCCACCUGGGACGCUCACACAGUAUGGGAAGUCAGAAAGACACCAGCUGGAAACAUCUGUCCAAUACAGCAGAGUACAGACAGAGGAGCUCCCCCGACAGUGAUCUCGAAGAAGACAUCACAGACUGACAAGGUUCAUUGGGACAUACAGGGGGAGGACUAAAUAACAGAAAUUACAACACAGAACAAUAGUCUUAAGAUACAUUUUACAGGAUAAGUCUGGUGUUAUUGUGUAUUUGUCUUAUUGUUAACAAAUCCCAUGAAAAGACCAACAAUGUGUUAGUUCAUCUCUCAAUACUUAAAAAGUCCAAUUGAAAGCUCAGUUAAUUUCCUAAAACAUCUGGGCUCUGUAAUUUUUAGCAAAUAUUACUCAAACAGAAGUAAAUAGUGCAUUUGUAGGGGACUAUUUUCAGUGGUGGAUAAAUACACAUUUGGUGCUCUAGUGAGUAUUUACAGCAGCAGGACAGUGUGUGUGAUAUUGACUAAAAUAACCUAGUGUGAGUGUUCAUGAUAAUGAAGGAACAUGUCACCCAGUGUGACACUGUAGCUCACUGAUGUGUUUUUAAUCAUUUUUGAGCAUUAUAUGAGCUCUAUGGCACAGAGGAAUAAGCCAUGUUAGGUUUUGGCGACACACAAUCUUUGUUAGAAGGAUCAAUUCAUAGUUGGUUUUGGUCUUUUUUAUGAGAUUUGUAGACAAAAAGAAAAAUAUAGAAUGUCACCAAGAUGUUAAUUCAAUGCACCUAUCAUUUUUGAGGCUGUAUUGUAGUUUGUAGUCUUUUUAAUCGAAAUAACGGUGAUUUUUGAAACAUUGUCUUUAGCCACUUUUGUCAUUUCGCAGUGCCUGCAAAUGACACACCAACUACUUAAUAACAAUUACAUCAGCUGCUACACAAGUGAACCACAUUAAGUUAUCAUUAAGCUGUGUGCGUUAGCUUUAAUAGUGGUCUAUCACUGCUUUUAUAAAAGGGCUUUUGAUGCAGCAUAUUAAGGCGGAAAACUUAACUGGCACACAGAUUGUUGAUGUCUGAGUGUAAAGGUCAUGUAAAAGAAAGGGGAAAAGUCUCAAAAGUCAUGACGACAAACAGUAAGGCAAAAAAAUAAUACACUGAAAAAGAGGAACAGUGUCUUGACAGGGUAUUUCCUCAACAGCACAUUGAACUAUGGCCUCAAAAAUGAACAAUAAGUUAAAGCUCCUUCUGACCUCUUACAGUUGUAAAAAACUGAACUGAAACAUGAGCUUUAUUAGGCCAGGCGGUAUUAACUUUAAUGCACUGUAAGGUGUUUCUGUUAUUUUGUCCAUCCCUGUAUUUAAACCAAAAGAAGGAGAGUAGGUGUUCUUACAUGUUACAGUCACACUACAGGAUUAUUUUUUCUUUCAUUCUAGUGUUAAUCACUUGCACAUUUCUCUGGAUUUAAUUCUGGUUAUAUCUCAUCUUCUCAAACACACCGCAGUGAUACUGUAGGAGUGUACAUUACACUCAACUAGUGAUGACUAGCAAACACAUGAUAUCGACACAUUUGCUGUAAAUUCUGUUUGAAGUUCACACACUUCCAUAAUUCAUUGUACAGGUGAGUGGGCUUGUUUUGCGCCUGACAUACAGUGGUUAGUUCAGUGGAAAUGGUGUCCAGUGAAAGUGUUGUGAAAGCAGCUGACAUUUUGUUGUGCUUUGUGAAACCUAAGACUGUCUCGUAGACGAUCCCAGUUUUUAAAAGACAGGAGCUGUACAGAAGUGAUAGUGGAAUCCCUCAAACUGAUGAAAAUCAUUCAAAAUGUGAACCACAGACAGUGAAGACUGCAUGUUUUAUUUUCAUGUUUAUGUAGAGCCAUAAUUUGUUCUUACACUUUUGUUUUGCACCCCUGUGGUGCCGUUCGUCUUUGACACAACAACAACGUCAUUGUGUACUCACGUGGAUUUGAUGUAGUUAGUUAGUUAUUUAUUUAUUUUCCAAUAAAUUAAGAUUUUUAUAAA